GUCCUGAAGGCAAGUCAAGACUAUGAGGCAGCUUAAGUGCUCCCUAUUCCAGAGAUGCCUCUCCCUGGUUUCUAUGGAGCAGGCUUCUCUCUAAGGUAUCCUGCCAAAGCUCCAUAGCUCUUGUUGAGCACAGGUGGUGCUUCAGAGCAUUUACAUCCAUAUUACAAAAGUAUCCUCCUGCUAUUAUUAAGUUAGUUUUUAUUAAACUAGUUCAUGAGGGAAGGAAAUUGGUAGAAGCCUUCUUUUUAACAUAGGAUACUUCUUCAAGAAUCAGGUAAAAAAAAAAUCAAAACCACCUUCCACUGAGACUCUUAAACAGACAUCUUUUUUCUGGAUUCUGCUGUAUUCAGAAAUGGCAAUACCAUGAAGAAGACAUAUUGUUCCUGGCUACCUAGAAGAAUUUCAUCAGUCCUGAAGGUGUUCUAGAGUUUACCAUACUUUCUGAAACCAGUUUCCCUAUUCCUUUGGAGAUUUUUACCACAUAUCACUCCUUGUUGCUAGAACAAUUGUACUAAACUUCUCUGGCCUAAUGGCAGUAAGAUAAAUAAGCAAUACAAGUUGUGAGCAAGUUUUGCUCUCUGUAACGUGGCCUAAUCCAUCUAUAUCUUUAGAUAUAGUUACAUAGUACAGUUUAUAGCCAUGGGAAAGUAAAAAUGGUGAAAUCUCCUCAGCAGUAUUAUUGACCUUAAAACCACAGGUUAGGGACCCUUGCUUAAGAGGAAUGAUGAGGGAAAGAGACUGAGUAUUUCUGUAACAGCCUAGCUCUGUUUAGCAGGCUGUAUUGUAGCAGUCUAUACUGUUUACUUUGGUACAGAAGACUCUGUAACAAAGGUUUGUCUAACUAUAAUAUAAAGCUGUUUGCCUCAAGAAAACUCAAGCAGAAGGUAAGUAAACUAACCUUCCUAUUCUGCAACAUUAUUGUAGACUUCUGAGAUUUUUUUUCUCUACUACAUUAAUAAUUAAAGUGUGUAGUAAUCCAGAUAACUUAGAGGUGUACAUCUAAUUAUUUUGGAUAGUUGUAACGAUGAGAUCAAAAUAUUUUUUGCUCAAGUUUAAUUUUGAGGAUUUAUAGUAAUAAAAAUGCAUUUUCAGUAUUUACUGAAGCAAUGGAUAUCUACUGAUGCUGUGUACGUAUGACUCACCAGUCUCUCGUUCUUAGAAAAGGACGUUUCUUUUACCAGAAGGAUACUUCAAUCAAUAUUGUGUAACGGUACUCAAAGCAUACUCUUGUGUACUGUACUGUCACUAUUUCAAAAGCAUUGUUGAUUGCCUAUGUCCAGUUUGAACUGAAUGUACCUUUCACAAAUGUUGACAUCAUUUUGAACUAAUAGGGUUAAUUUUGAAAAACAAAUUCAUUCUGAAUUCUCAAAUUCAUUCAUUCUGAGCAGCAGUUUAUGCCUUAAUAAAAGUAUGCAAUGUAUUAAAGAUGUUUCUUAAACAUUUACUCCGAAGUACUAAGAAAAAGUAGAAGUAUUAACAUUUUAAUAAUUAGAAAUUACCUUGGUUGUUGUACUUAGAAAGAAGUAUUUAAUAACACCUGAAGUGUACUUCUGAAAAUUCUAUUCUCAAAAUAAGAGUAAUGGUUUGGGAAAAAUGUAUUAUUAUUAUUAAUUGUAUGAUUUAAUAACCUGUGACAGGCUCACUAACAGAGCACCAUGAGUAACAUAACUUCAGCAGAUCAAAUGCAGUUGCCUUCAUGAAUGUAAUGACUCAGAUCUGUCUCCAUGUUUGACAUUUAUGCCCUAAGCCAGAACCUGAUGGCUUCAUGUUUCAAGUGUCUUUCCUGCUGUUCUGAUUCAUAUAGUAGUGAUUUCAGACACCCAUGGUCACUGAAAUUGUACCCUGUAAUCCAGAUGAUGGCACAGACAUUUUUCUUUUCCAGUUUUCUCAUAUCCUAAUUCUCUGUCAUGCUUAUCUAUUUCAAUUCCCAUGUUUUUCUUAUUUUUGAAGUUGCCUUCCCAAGCACUGACCCCACUUUCCAGACAACUUCCGUCGUCUUGGUCACACAUUGAUCAAAAGAUUCUCCAGGCUGACUGUAGUGACUUGUUCUCAAGGACUGUUGGGUUUUCACCUUCAGGCAUGUGCAGCUUAACUUCUCCAUCAGUUCCAGACAGUUUUCUUUGUGACUUAGAAGAACUCAAUUCUUUGGCAUUAGCAACCUCCCAGACUGUAGCAAUCUCCCCAGGUAAUAGCAUUCACCAUGUUAAGGAUGGUCACUUUAUGCCAAAUACAGAGGUGUUUCUCAGCUCUCCUAGAGAUCUCCUUCUGUCUUCUCUUGUAUCUCCCUCUGUCUCAUCUUCAGCCAGCUCAUCUCAUGACAUAACACAUAAGCAUGUCAGCAACAAUACCAAGUCAGGAAAAGAUAAAGACUUAGAAAGCAUAAUUGAUCGUUUAGUUAUUGAAGUACCUAGAGAUUUGUCAGAUGCUACAAGAGAAGGUGAACACGGUGCUAUGCAUAACAUCCCUUUGCCAUAUGAAGAAGGUUCCUUGUCCAGUGUGCUAGCUGCAAGUGCUGAAAACGAAGAGGAAAUCUGUACUGCAGACCUGUCACUUAAUAAAGAGGAUCAGUCAGAAUCUCAAGAAUCAGAUUUCUCUGGAGAAGCACAAGACACAACAGAAGAACUGACUAGACUGUAUAUAGAGGAGGAUCUGGUACAUGACAAUUUAGAAUUCCCAAUAGGAAGUGGAGAAGAUUCUAUGGAUUGUUAUGAAGGAUAUACUUCACCAGAUAUUUUUAAGGUAUUUUAAUUUCUGACAACUCUGACUUCUGUGUUCAGAUAACUUAGUAUAAUUAUUCUCUGCCUUGUAUCUACCGUUUGUAUUGUGCACAGGCACACUUUUAUAUAAUUGCAUUUGAUAAAACUGAGCUCUGAGCAAGAUGGUUUAAGAAGAAAGGUGUCCCUGCCCAUGGCAGGGAGGUUGGAACUAGAUGAUCUUUAAGAUCCCUUCCCACCCAAACCAUUCUAUGAUUCUAUGAUUAAACAUUGUCAGCGUUAGGGGGCAGUCCCUUCUCAGAAGCAGGCAUAUGCACUAUUGUAAAUUCUAUGAUGUAUCAAUUGUGCUAGUCCUUUCCCUCCUGCCCUGCUGUUUGCUGAAGAGUUUCUGAUGUGAAAAGCCAGUGAACCAUUUCCCUCCCCAGCCCAUUGCGUGCUGCCCCUUUUGAGAGAGGCCCCAACAAGCAAAUGCUGUCAGCAGCCUGCAGAGGGAGGGACGUGUGCCUGCUGCAGAGACUCUGCGGUUUGUGCUUGGCAUGUGUCAGCUCACAGCUGAUGUAUUUAUAGCAGGCUCUGUUACAAGGAUCUGACUAACAGUAACAGAUCAGAUUAUGUUUGACAGUUACACAAAUGCUUCCUCCCCAAGCCCUCCCCGUUCCUCUUUGGGACCCUACAUCACUGAGCUAUCCCAAGUGUGUGCUGGCCAUUAAAU